CAUUGAGUCACAGUCAAUCGAAAUAGCCAUGUGACGCACCAUUGACACACCAAGGACGAUUGCCAGCCAAUUAAGUUUUUUUAGUGACAUGAUCGGUAAAAAUACAGAUUUGACAUGACAUCGAGAUGGAUAAAAGUGGGUGGAGUUGCUCUUGCAUGUGGUGUUGUUUCAGAAAUAGUUUACUUUUUGUACAAACGAUUUCGAAAACGGCGUUGGCAGUACCAAGACCAAAGUGAAAGUGAAAGUAGAAAGGAAAUUGAAGAAGUGCUAUUCUUUCCGGAUUCGCAGGUUGCGUGUAAGAACUAUUUCAUCGGCGAGUAUGGUUGUGAUAAUAGAAAUUGUAGAUUCACCCACAUUCCAAACUCUCUCAGUCGAUUGUAUGAGUUUAUAGCUUCCGCGGAAAAAUCUUUAGAUGUUUGCGUUUUUGUGAUUUGCUGUGCCGAACUCGCGGACAUGCUUGUGGAAGCACAAAGGAAAAACAUAAAAGUACGGGUUAUUUGUGAUGAUGAACAGGUUGAUAUCACUGGAUCUCAGAUAUGGAAACUCAGGAAAGAAGGAAUAAAUGUACGUACAGACAGCUCAUCAUACCUGAUGCACCACAAGUUUCUGAUUGUUGAUGGCAGCCUCCUCCUCAAUGGUUCCUUUAAUUGGACGCGCCAGGCAAUCUCGGGGAAUCAGGAAAAUCUCAUGGCGCUCAAUAACGGACGAAUUGUGACACUUUACAGGGCCGAGUUUGAGAAAUUAUGGAACAAGUUUAACCCACGGAAUCAAUGACCUACAUAUCGACAAACAAAUCUAUUGUGUUUAUGAGAUUACUAAUUAUGAAACAGUGAGUGAUAAACUUUGUUGUUUUAAAAUUAUGAAACUGUGUUAUCUACACUUGUUCUUGAAGUUUACGCUGAUGUGAAACUGCAGUAAGAAUUUUUAAAAAAAAUGAACAUUGUAAACUUGAAACGAUGUCCCUCAGCGUCGGUGGUUUACUAAAAGGUGUUUAUUUAACUUGAUAAAAAGUAAAAACGUAUUAAAACAAAUAACUAUGCAAUGUAAACUAUAGAUUAAUAUAUAACGUGGUUCCCGCGCAAACUGGAAGACGUGGCAAUGAUAAAACAUUGAGUUAUAUUACUUGAUUAUAACAUUAACAUCAUAUUAUUUGCAGUUCCACUGCUUUGGCUUCUUUUCCUUCGGCAGCAUAAUUAUAGCAGUUCGACCUCAACACUGUUACCAAGAUCUGUUAGCUGAUCUGCUGUUGGCUGCACGGCUGUAAUUUUGUAGUUUAUAUUUCACCAAAAAUACUUUAUUUUCUAGAUUGUUGUUUUCGACUUUAAUACCAUUUUUUCUCUUGUUUGUUGAUCUGAUGCCUGUCAGAUUUGGUUUUCAUUUCUUUCAUGGAUAAUUUCUGUUUUCAUUCAUUAUAUGUCUUUUUUUUAUCAAGUAAUCAAGGCUUUAAAGUGGUUCAUCGUCUAAUUUAUCACGGUCUGAGUUCAGAUGCGCAGGGAUUGAACCGUGAGGGCGUUACCCCGUGUGGUUGAAUACUGAAGCAUCUGGUUUAUCGCAGAACAUACAGAGCUUGACCUUCUUCUUUGUGUAACUGGCAAUCAAAUCGAGCCAUGUUAGAAUUAACAUUUUCCCAUUCUUUAAUUCAUAUUUAUUUGUUUAUCUAUUCAAUGAAUAUCAUAAUUAAUUGGAUUUAAAAAAAUUCUCGUCUGCCAUAUCGGCUUCGAAAAUUUCUCCAUCGUUAUGUCUUGGAAAAAAUGAUAAAACUGAAUCACUCAUUUUUGUAUGCAAAAAUAGAACGAAAAUUAACAUA